GAUUGAUUGUGUGUAUUUCGUUGAUAUUUUAUGCAUUUAUCACUUUUUGCUAUGUCUGAGGGUUAUCUUACCUGGUUAUUUUACUGGUUUUUGUUUCACUUUUCAAUUCAGAUCAAUUCAGAACAGCUAUAGAAUAUAUAUAUUUACCGAAUGCAGGAUUGUUAUAACCAGGGCUAAAGUCUAGUAUUGUCAAGGCCCUAGAAAUGAAAUAGUUGCAGCUGUUAUAGCCAAACAUAAGGUUUGCUAAAGAGCGUGAUGGCUUUUGAAGAUAACCCGAAGCUCGGAAAACCCUUUGAACAUGGCUGGCGGCGCGAGCUGGUGCAGCGCGCCUCUGCCGAGGACAGUCGCGCGGCCGGUAUCCGCGCCGACGCCUACUACUUCUCGCCAGAAGGCCGCAAACUGCGCUCCCUCAACGAGGUGGAGCUCUACCUCAAACGGUCCGGCUCGCCGCUGGACGUGACGUGUUUCUCGUUUCGCCGUCACCUGCUCGGCGCCGAGCCGCCGCUGGAGCGGCUCCGGAAGGCGCGCCCGGUCGGCUCCGCGACCUCUGCCACCCCCUCUGCCGUGUCGCCCAACAAGAAGGCUGCACUGACCGCGGCGGCGGCGAUAGCUGGCAAGAAGGCGGCAGUGGCGAAAAAGAUUCAGCGCAAGAAGCAUACCAUAACUAUUGGAGACGCCUCGUCUGUGAUUAAGCUGCCAUCGCCAGCUGCGGCCAACCCGCAGAAACUGCCACGGAAACAUUCGCUGAUGGAAAAGUCACGGAAGCUAUUCGCCUUCAAAGCCAUGGAACUGAAAAAGAAAAUGCCGGUGUUUCAGUCCGAAGCGGCAAAGCCAAAGCCGGCGGACCCUGUGAAGCGGCGCGGCCGUCCGCCGGGCGGCGGCGGCGAGCGCGGCCGGGUGCUGCUGCGCCGGCCGUGGCUGCUGGCAGAGGUGGACGAGUUGGGCGCGCUGAGCGUCUGCCAGCCGCCCGACCCGGCCGCCACCGGCGAGUACUUCCGACUGGUGCGCGGCACCGCGGCGCCGCACACCACCGACCAAGUACUCAUCGGUCGGCGGCGGCUGGCGGCGCCGUGCAGCCUGUUCUGUUUCCGCGAGUCGGAGCGGUCGCCAGUAGCUCUGCCGUCCGCUCAGUGUCUCAUCUGCCGCUGCCUCUACCACCCGAUCUGUGUCGGACUGGAGGACGCCAAACUUACCAGCUUCGUCUGCGCGGACUGCUACACGGGCGUGGGCCGGGGUCGCGGCUUCGAUGGCCUGGGCGACUCGGCGGGCUCCGAAUCCGGCUCCGACUCCGAGUCAGGCUCCGACGUCGAGGAGGAGGAACUGCUGUCGGCGCCGGGCGCGUCUCUAAUGUCGCCGACGCCCGGACCGACUCUGGUGCUGCCGCCGCCUCCGCUGCAGAUGCUGGGAGGGCCGCGGUUCAGCGCACCGUCCCCGCUCACCCCCGGCGGGAAGCGCCCCCGCGGCCGGCCGCGGCUGGUUGGCCCGCGCCAGCCGCGCCCAGUGACGGUGCGCGGCGCGUACGCCCGCCGGCGCGGCGUCGGUGGCGGCCGCGGUGGUCGCGGCGCGCGCUACGUGGUGCCGGCGCCGCGGCUGGCCGCUCCCCCGGUCGGCGCCCAGAGCGCGCUCCCGGCGGCCGGUGGAGAGUCCGGACCGCUCACCGCCGCUGCCGCUGCCCCACCUGCGCUGGUCGCCACCGCUGCCUCCGCCGCCGAAACACCCAAGAUUAAGCGCUCCUGGAAGGAACCCUGACUUUGACUGGGGGGCAGCUCGCCCUCCUUUCGUGGGGAGGGAUGAUGGGUGCCCGGCCGGACUGCCACACUCAAGAGGUCACUUCUGGCAGACUGUGAUCGCAGAACGAGGCGGACGCUGUGAAGGAGACUGCGCCAGACGUGUUGUCAUGUGAACUAUAUUUUGUCCUUCAGACCCUUCUUCACUGAAUAAACAUGGUGUAAACAGAA